GGCACGAGGAAGCGGGGAGAAGGGCAGAUUUUUAACGGGCACAUUUUUGGGGGAAACCUCAGUUGUUUUUGUUUCUUAAACAGAAAUUAAUCAAAAAACGGCGUUUAAAACGAGCUGUAGACAGCCGACCAAAGACCGCCAAGGCAACACAUUAUUCCACAGCCAGCUCCUUCGCUGCACUUGGACGGAAAGUAUGACUCUGAGGUAAAAAAAUGUAGCAACGUCUUCACAUUUUGACAGCUACUUUUGUGGAAGAUGCACUGUGGAUAUGCAAGAUGCCCUGGAUGCUAACUUAUCUCCCAUAGCUGUAUUCCUUUUGAACGAAGUGCAAAGGAGGGACAAUGUAGAUUGAACUGCAUACAUUUAAUCCCAGCCUUUACAUUUCUACCUAAUAUUCCACUAAUGGCACUCUUAUAGUGUUGAGUCAUGCAGCGCUCUUGCACCUAAUCAGAGAAUGAAGCAGUGAUUUGAAGUGUUUUGUCAGAUAUAGUAGGCCCCGUCCAUAAAACACAACACGAUGUCACUAGCUGAGCAGUCUCAGAAGUGGUUCCCCACUCACGUCCAAGUGACGGUCCUCCAAGCGGCAGACCUCCAGCCGAAGGGGAAGAAUGGCACCAACGAUGCCUACACGAUCAUCCAGCUUGGGAAAGAGAAAUAUUCAACGUCGGUGGCGGAGAAGACCUUGAGUCCAGUAUGGAGAGAGGAGGCUUCGUUCGAGUUGCCGGGCCUGCUUGUGGAGGGCAACCCGGAGAUUUACGAACUGUGCCUCAUAGUCAUGCACAGGUCUCUGGUUGGGAUGGAUAAGUUUCUAGGACAGAAGAGCAUCAACCUCAACGAGAUCUUUGACAACAAGGAACGAAGAAAGAUCAACUGGUACACCCUGGAUUCCCGUCCUGGUAAGAAGAGGAAGGAGAGAGGGAAGAUCCAGGUGAGCAUCCAGUUCAUGAGGAACAACAUGACUGCCAGCAUGUUCGACCUCUCCAUGCGGGACAAGCCGCGCUCGCCUUUCUCCAAGCUCAAAGACAAGAUGAAGGGCCGCAAACAUGACAGUGCCUUCUCCGACACCUCCUCUGCCAUCCUGCCCCGUUCGGCGCAGUGCGAGACCGACUCUCAGCUUCCCCAGGGCCUGCCGAACCAGCAUCUCCAGCCGCCAGCUGGCUGGGUGGAGCCCAAACCCAAACGCUCUCUCCUAGCAGGAACUCAGAAACUCUCUGCUGCCCACUCCAUGUCUGACCUGAUAGGAACCCACUUCAGGCCCAAACUGGACUCCAUGAACUCCAUCGAAGAGAGUGGUGGAGUUGCCCCUCACAGGCGCUCUCAGAGCGAGGUGCCCGGUUACCAGGACGGUGAGGCGGUGGGCGACCCGUUCACAGACAUUGGUGACAACAUGCCGCAGAAAUUUGCCACGCUCCCCCGCAAUCGCAACCCCUUUGAAGGAGAUCAGGCGGUGUUCUGGGACCGGGCGGACCGGAAGGAGAAGAAGGAGAAGGUCAGCCUGCUCGAGCGAGUGACGGGAAAGAAAGAGGGACGGAAGACGAGCAACGGAGGACGCUCCGGCAGUUCAGGGGACCUCCGAUCUCCGAAUCCGUUCACCACUGAGCAGGCCAGCGACACCAACCCCUUCCUUCCACACUACAUGCCCAGUGAUAACACAAAACCUAUCAGUAAUGAAGACUUGAGCCAGAAGAAAAAGGCCUCCCCAGAGAGAAAACAAGGCAAGAAGAACACAAGAGAAUCUGGGGCUGAGCAGCUCCAGACCAGUAUGGCAGCAUACAGCGGGCUUUCGUUUGAAGAGGUGGUGCAGGAGCUGAUCAAGCAGAAGGAGGUGGUGAGGAAGAAGGAUGCCCACAUCCGCGAGCUGGAGGACUACAUUGACAACCUGCUGGUGAGAGUGAUGGAGGAGACACCCAGCAUCCUGAGGACGCCGUAUGAGCCCAAGAGGAAAGCAGGCAAAAUCUCCAAGAAGUAGAGGUGAACUUCAUCGUAUCGUCAGAGUGGUACAUCUGAUGUUUGAACCAGAAACGUAAGCAAUGAACAAAAGGACUGAAAUGAGCAAUUCUGGUUACAGGCAACCUUGCUAGUUUACAUGUGUGACACCUUCACUUAAAAUUGGUUACAGAAUGACGGAUUAAGGACUGUAUGGAUUUGUCAUUGCCAAACAUUCUUUUUAAAGGUAGGUUUGGGCACAGGCUGACUAAUAGCCUUUUCUGUCAAUAUAUACACUGAUAUUUGUGCUCGCAUACCUGUUCAGUUUGUGGUAAGCUGUAGAGGAAAAAAAAACUUUGCGCAAGGGGACCGAAGUCGUGAUCCGAAAACAGACUGUGUUGAGUUGACAUUGCUGUCCUAGGCACAGCAACAAUAAUGAUGAGCAAAUAUUUUAACCAUUUGAAUUGACGGUUUAUUUUAUAAUGCACUUCAGUUUAUCACCACACACAUACUCAGUAUUGUUGCUAUCAGAGUUCAGCCACAUGUUCAGCUUUUGUGGUUAUGUGGCAACCAUAUCAUGGGCACCUGCCUGUCUGUGUGGGUGCUCAGUUGUUACUGAGUACGAUUAAUGUCUGUUGUGUUUACUGGAUAUCUUAGGAACGGAGGAAGAAAAGUGCAGUUUACUGUGACCCCAUGGCCAUGAGCUGUUUGAUAACAGGGUAUCUACACUCACCCCCUGCAGAAGUGUGUUUACACUGUGCCGUGAGACUAAAGAGUGAAACUGGAACUCAGUCAUCAUCUACCAUCAUGGACUCCAUUCUUAGGUAACUGAAUGUUGCCACACUGCUUUCAAUGUUUCAUGAGUUACGGAACAUUUUAUCACUACUGUCGCUUAUUUCUAAUAGUGAUCAGUUGAACUGGUACUGGAAUCUGUUGGUGUGGUUUGAUAUAUUUUGGGGAGAGGGUACUUGCAAAUUGGUACUUAUAGUGCUGUGGAAAAGUAUUUGCCCUCACCCGAUCUGUUCUAUUUUUUGCAUAUUUAUCACAUUUGAAUGUUUUGAUCAUCAAACUGUUUUUUUUUUAAUAUUAGACAAAGAUAACCCAAGUAAACAUCAAAUGUUUUUUUUUUUUAUUGAUGAUUUUAUUUAUGGAAGGAAAAGUGCUUUUCAGCCCUAUCUGGCCCUGUGUGAAAGAGUAGUUUCUUCCUUGGCUAUUAAAUCAACCAUUUACCCAAAUUCAGUUGACUGUUGGGACAGUUUCACUUGCGUCACCCAGGCAUGAUUGCUACCAGGCCUGUUGAAUCUAAACAUGAUUUAAAUAGAGCUUGUCUGGCAAUGUGAAGUAGGUUAGAAGGUCUUAAAAAGCAGCACAUGAUGUUGUGUUCUAAAGAGAUACAAAUACAAAUGCAAAACAAAGUCAUUGAAUUCUACCAGACUGAAAAGGGUUACAAAGCCAUUGUUAAGGCUCUGGGACUCCAGUGACCCACAGUGAGAGCCAUUAUCCACAAAUGGAGAAAACUUGGUAACAGUGGUGAAAUUUUACCACUGGAGGUGACCAAAGAACCCAGACAAACCUCUAAAUCCUGCAGGCCUCACUUUCCUCAGUUAAAGACAGUGUACAUGAUUCCACAAUAAGAAAGCUACUGGACAAAAAUGGCAUCCAUGGGACCACUGCUGACCAAAGAAAAGGCAAAGCCUAGCUCACAUUUGCCAAAAAAUAUCUAGAUGACCCCCAAGACUAUGGGAUAAGAUGAUGAGUCAAAGGUGGAACUUUUUGGAAGACAUGGGUUCCAUUACAUCUGGCAUAGCUAACACUGCAUACCACCAUAAGAACAUCAUUCCACCAGUCAAACAUGGUGGUGGUAGUGUGAUGGUCUGGGGCUGGAUGUCUUGUCAUAAUUGAUUCAACCAUGAAUUCUGCUCUGUCAGAAAAUCCUGAAGGAGAAUGUCCGCCUGGCAGUUUGGAACCUAAAGCUCAAGCACAGUUGGGUUUAUGCAGUAGGACAAUGAUCCAAGCAAGUCCACCUCUGAAUGUCUCAAAAGAAAAAGUAAGGUUGUAGAGUGACCGUGUCAAUGUCUUGACAUGAAUCCCCUUAAGAUGCUGUGGCAAGACCUUAAACAGAUAGUUCAUGCUUGAAAACCAUCCAGUAUAGCCAAAUUAAAACUAUUCUGUAAAGAAUAGUGGGCCAGAAUUGCUCCAUAGUAAUGUUAAAGACUCAUUGGACAUUAUCGCAAACGUUAGUUAGUUACUUUAUCACAUAGGUGAUAUAGAUCUGGAGUAAAUUUUUAUCCUCAGUAAAUGGAAUGACAGUUUAAAAGCUGGAUUUUGUGUUUACUUGCAUGGUCUUUAUCUUAUAUUAAAAUUAGUUGGAUGGUCUGAAACAUUUAGAAGUGACAAAUUAGAAAAAAUAGGAGAAAUCGGGUGAGCGGCAAAUACUUUUUGACAGCACUGUACUAGGGGUGCACCAAUAUUGAAUGUCUGGGCUGAUGAUGAUAACUGAUGAUUAACACUUUGUUGUGACGGAUAUCGUUGCUGAUAACGGAUACGUUUGAUGAUGAUAACUUACUUUUGCAAAGCUAAAUCAGAUCUGACAGUUGUUGCAAACAAUUGUUGCUCAUAUUUCACAUUUAUUAAGCAAACAUUCUUCUCCAGAGCUGCUUACAAACUUCUGUUUUCAAAACAAUGGAAGUUGUCAGAGUACGGAAAACAUUACAACACAGUUUUAUAUCCUUAGUUGUCAGAGAGUAAGAUGGACGAAAUCUACUUUUAGUGUAAUCUAAAAGUACUUUUUGACUAGACUACUGACUCCUGUUGCUUUGGUAUCUGGUUGGGCAAGAUGGGCCUCUCCUCACUCACACGUCAGAGGAUCCCCACACCAUGAUUCAUUCUUAUAUUUAUGUCUUGAACAUAUAGACAAGACACUACACACUUUAUAUCAGAAAUUAUAUAAUUAAUGGCGGGGAGAAGAACUGUCUGGCAUUCGGGAUGGAGCGAUGAUAGACCGACUUUGGAGCCAGAGAGAACACUGACGUUCGGACUUUCUGAAAAGUUGCCCUGCUUCCAAUUCUGCAGUGCUCACAUGCUCUGCUGGGGUGAGUGGAAUAUUAGGUAAAUUUAUUUUUUCACCAAAUCGCUCCCUUUAGGUGCGGCUGUUGUGUUGUUCGGUGUAUUUUGAUGCUUUUGUAUAGUUAGUGAUGUUACCACGCAGGCAUACUGAACGAAUUAAACAUCAUUCCAGUCAUUGUGGGUUAGCUCACACACACACCGACCUCAUUCGAUUUUGUGGAAAAAUUAGAUAAACACCUUAUCGAGCAUUUAUGAAUGCCACCGCUGCUGUAAUGUUUUCCCUGCUUUGAUGAAAAGGGUCUAUUGAAACUUCAGUUUUCCAUGUAUGAGGCAGGCAUUAUUGGGUACUGUUUAAAUGAGUUUUUUUAAAUAAAAAAAAGGUAAUUCACUAGUAAUUACACAUGUGAAACUAAGUGUACAAGUUUUGUUAUUGGUUGUAAUUAUCAGCCAUCAUUCUGAUAUCGAACUGAUAAUAAUAAUAAUUGAUGUUUCCCAUUUAUCCGGGAAUAAUGUAUUGGCCAUUGAUAUAUAGUGCACCCCUGGUAUUUACGUGUUGAAAUGUACAUGUUGAUGCACUGGACUGGUUCACAGUUACACUACUGAGUAUUUAAUUCUAGUCGUAUUGAGGAGUUGAAUCGAACAAAAAAGCAGUUCAUGCUCAGUUUCCAAAGAUCUGAUUCUGAAUGUUUCUCAGCUAAACCUAAACCUGCUGGGUCUUGGUGUCGUCAGCACUAAGAAGUGAUUUGCACUAAUGGCCAGAUCUAAGAGAACUCAUGUUAUGUGAAUAUAACAAAAGUAAUACAGAAUCAGUUUUUAAUCUUAGGGAUUAUCAAUAUUUGCACCACCAACUCUUGCACCACCUCUUCUGUUUUCUCCUCCUCUCAUUACAUAUUCUGUUUGUUACUCUUUGUAAUUGAAAAUCAAAUUGAACGGUUUUAAAAAUGAUUUAAUCUGCUUAUUUUCUCUUUGUUGACCUGAUGUAUUGUGUGAAUUUUAUUUAUAUCCUUCGGAAACUAAACAUAACAUCUGGCAAAUGUACUCAUACUUUUCCGCUGAAAACUUAUAUUAGCUAAUGGUUAUUUGGAGCAAAUACAUUUCAUUAGCCUAAUUCUAUGUCUUAUUAUUCAUUACAGUAUACAUGGUUAAGUGCAAUGUAGGCUAAGGCAUUGGCAAACGGUACUUUUAAGUUUGGUUAGAACAAAAACCUUGUUUACAGAUUGUUUUAUAGAAUACUACUGGAGUUAAAGGUUUGAUAUUACUGUUUCUACCUUUGAUCAGAUUAAUACAGAAGUUCUAAUAUUACAUGUUAAGACAAGGUCUUUAUAACCUAGAAGCCGUUAACUGUGGGAGAUAAACCACCAUCUCAUGAACUGUCACUGACUGUGGCUGCCUUUUUAAAAACACCUGGAUAUGUAAGGUUUUUUAUAAAAAACCCAGCCAUUUGCUAUUAUUCCAGCUUCCUAAUUGGAUUGCUUGGCCAAAGUGCAUGACUAAGACUAUGCACAAUGAACAUCUUUGCACAAAACAUUGAACAAAAAUGUCUGUCAAGCUAAAGGAAGUCACAGUGUCUAACAUGCUAUUUUAAUGCGGAGAAGAACCUACUUUUUAAAGCACUUCUCCUUCGUCUGGGUGACUCACUUAGACUCAUUGCUGUCUUGUGCCAACAUCAGUCUGCAGGUGGGCACGUACACAGUAUAAUUUUCCAGCUGUUUGCUAGCUAAGAAAAGCAUCAACCAACCACGCAGUCAUUUAUUGUUAACUAUAAACACAUUCCUGACACUAGGUAUUGCAAUAGGUGUUUCAGGUCAGAGAUUAUUUUAGCCUCUUCUAUGCUGAUUUGCCCGUUAGCCUAAUAGAUGAUGUGUUGUGUAGAGAUGGGCGAGAUGGCAAAAUCUAUAGGAUUGCAUGCAAAAGUUUGGGCACACUUUUAAUAGUCAAAUUACGUUUUGUUGAUAUUUUUUUUUUAAGUGACAUAAGUACACAUAUUGUACUGAGAUUUGCAGAGUUCUGUAAAGUUAUUGUUUAUUUGCUGAAUUUAACAUAAAAAAAUUGAACAUAAAAUGUGGCCUGUGCAAAAGUUAUGGCACAAUUUGUUUUUGUAUUUUUUUAUUUUUUUUAAGAUAUAAAUAAAUGGAAAUUGUGUAGUAUGUGUAAAAAGUGUGCAGACAAAUGGCAAAUCUGAUCUUAUUUUCUUAUUUUUUAUUUAAAAUCAACAAAAUAUGUAAUUUGACCAGGGGUAUUUAAAAAAAAAAAAAACAAGACAAAAAAAAGACAUUUUCAUGAAAAAUGUAUCACUAUAUUUAGGUUUUCUGAGGCUAGCAAGCAAGUUGGAAUGGUCAAAAUGCAAAACAGCACCAAGCACUUAGUUCCAAUUUACAAAGGAAAAGUUACUGCAACACCUGUUACAGGCUUAUAGGUACUGACAGUAGCCAUACUGUGCUCAGAAAAGCAUAGCAUCGCAUAAAUGAUCAUAAUAAUGAGAACAUAUAGUUACAUCGCUCUAAUCUCAUCAACAGCAACUUUUGAGUUACUUCCAAGGCAAUGGUCUUUAUUAUAAUUGUCUAAUUCCUGCAUCGUACCUGUGAUCAUUCAGGUACGAUGCAGGAAUUAGACUCGGAAACAGUGGUCCUAACUGUUUAACAAGCCGUGCUGUUUCCUGCAGUGUUCGGUGUAGAGUCUACAAACUAAAGUAUUGCAGAUGAACUGUGAACCUGACUGUACUUAUGAUCAGCUGCUUGUCAUUGAGUUCCAACAUCCUUAGUGAAGUAGAUUGUAGCUUAUUUUAGUAUAUUGUAAUAGUUUUGACCACUAAAGAUGUGAUCAAAUUUGGUAAUAGUUAAUUUCCCAAAAAUAUCCACAAAAACAAAAGGUGUAAUUGUUAUCUGUCUUCUUGGGCAGGGGAGCAAAAGUUUUGUUGACCUAAGUAGGAAGUAAACAAUAAAAAAAUAAAUAAAUACAUUUGGGGAAAUCCUCUAAGUAGCUUAGUUAGCAGAUACCACUUUAGUUUAUUCAGUGGAAACUAUGACGCCCUAAUUUCUAUCAAAGUGACAAACUUGACCAUGAGGGCGGGAUAUUCAAUGCUGAAAAGACUCCUAUUCGUCAAUUAUUUGCAUGAAAAAAAUAAUUGACAAAAAGAUUAAGUGAUUUUAUAUAUUGGUGUAUACUAAUCCAUUUUGAAUGUUCUAUUAAAUGAAAGGUGAUAUAGUCACAUAUACACAAAAAGUAUAUCUGCAAAUAGCAACCCAGACGACUAGUGAAGUUCUGCUCAGAAAUUUGGAGUCGUUGGUCAUUAAUAGUUUGUGAAAUUUUAUUCAUCUUCAGCUUGUACAGUGUAGCUGCUGAUAAUACAAAAUAUGACCCCAAUAUUGUUGAGUAUUUGGGGAAAGUUGUGAAAUUAUCAGAACUUUCUACUGUUCUGCUCCUCAUUAAUUUGAGUAGUAAUGGUCAUUUUAAUAUUAUUAAACUAUUGAAUAAAGUGGGGAUUCCAGACUUGUGAGAGGUAGUGUAAGUAGUCUGAACACUGUGCUGGUUUGCUGUUAAUGCAGCCACAAAAAAUGGAUUUGAGAGUCACUGUACGGUUGUAUUUGUCACUUAUCCAGAGUGCUUAAGGAGAUCUUUAGGAGGUCUUUACUUCCAUGCGACUGAAGUUUUGCACAGUGCAUUAGUGCCACCCACAGUGUUACACAUUGUGCGAAUGCUUUUGAGUUUGCAUGGAUAUCAUAUGUACAAAAUAUGAGGAAAAAAAAAACGUAUUUUGAUAUGUGCGACCAAAAGGUUCGAUAGAUAGACGAAGCAGUACUUCCGCAGUGUUUAUAUAAGACAUUGGCUCAUGUGUUUUUUUUUUGUUUUGUUUUUUUUUUAUUUAAUAAAUGCUGUCAAGUGCUGCUGGGCCAAGUCAUUCAUGCUAAUUUGAGAUGUAAAUGAGUGAAUUGGCUUUUUCAGCUGCUGUCCUUUGUUUAUUUUGACAAAAGUCGUCUUCGUCGUGUUAUGUUGUUCAUCUGUGUAGAAAACUUCUCUUGAUUACGAUCAAUUCUAUGUAACAUCCUUGCACAGUGAACUCUUUGAAUGCUUCACAGCUAUCAAAUGACUUUCCAGUGUUUUACUCCAUUUACUAUGCAUCUCAGUUCAGAGCUGUUUUUGUGUUCUACUCUGAAUGUAUUUCAACCAAUCAGCAAUGUCUGUAAUCACAAAUGCAGGCGCAUGUACUUGACCAGUGUCUUAACAGCUCCCUGCGUGUGUCCAGUAUAUUGAAAAUGAACUGUCCUGUUUCAUCACUUCACAAACUGUGAAAGACCAUCAUUACAUUUGAUCUUACAGUGACCUUUAUGCUUUUGCUCUUAUAGAAAACCAUUUCAAGCACAUGCAUUGGGAAGGUAUGUCAGUUAUGACCAUUGCUGUGUCACCAGUGUGUAGAAGGAAAGAAAACGUGCAAAGAAACCACUAAGAUUAGCAUUUUAAAAGCAACCCCUUGCUAACGGUUUGCAGUCUCAUUGAUUGUCAUAGAUGGCUAAGUCAAAACUAAAUUGAACCCUCCAUGCUUGUCUCUUUUUCUCUCUCAAUCACGUGUCAGCUUGUUUUGUUUGCUGAAAUGCAGUAACCGCUCUAAUUAACUCCCCCACUUGGGCUUUUGAUGGUGACUGAUGCCAAGUUAAAAUGUAAUUAAGUCUCCAUUCUUGAAUUGAACGUUCCAUGCUCAGAAUUUCUGACUUGCAGUCUUUGCUUCUUGGUAACACCAGUGCUUCCUUCUUCUGUAUUUCGCAAAUACAAACAUUCCCUUUUCACCAUGUCAUUUAUCGGAAAAGUCACGUUUUUAUUGUGACAGCUGUGGCUAUAUCUAAAUUCUUUAUGCUACAAGAACAAAUUGCAUCACCAGAACGCAUGACUUUUACUCAUGUUUGCACAGUGCAUUUGAUGUAUGAUGAUGAAAACACUGCCUACAAUUGUUUCUUGGCUCAACUACUUAGAAAGUUCACCCAUUCACCCAUAAUUUGUCUCAAAUUAAGUGAAAUUCACUUCCAUGAGUUUCAAUGUAAGGUUAAUUGAAGAACGUUUUAUUAUAUACAUAACCACAGAAAAUCAAAAAUGUUUGAUAUUGUGUAAAUGGAUACCAAAAAUCGCCUAGUUGCAGUUUGAUUUUUUUCAUUGCCUUAUGUUUCAUAGUUCUUUUUUAUAUAUAUGUCAGCAGCUACUGUCUUGUAAAGCCACAAAAUCCUCUGAUGCUGUGAUUACACCUUAUUAUGGUCAUCAUUGAAAUAAUAUUCAGACUAUUAUUUCUUAUUAAUUAAAAGAAGUUGCAAUGUGAAUGUGAUGAAAGAUCCUUUUAAAGUACGAUUGUCGAACACUUGAGCUGUUGUGUGUCACACUACUUGCAAAGAAAUCCUCAGAUUUUGGUUGUUGGCACGUACUAAUUUUCACCGAGCUUGUAACCAGACUUUUCCUAUUGACCCACUUUUCUGUAGUUUCCCCAAAUAGAAGACUUAGGAAAAUGCAUACAGCAAAAGUACCUUUUAUAAUAUAUUUGUAUUUAUUUAUGAUUGACCCCCAUUUUGAAUUCUUUCUGUCUCUCUCUGUCUAUAUUCUCGGCAUGCGGCAUGGGCUAAAAAAAAAAAAAUGUAAGGAGGGAGUGAUGACUUGCGCUGCCUCCUUGGACUACCAUGUGGAAGGCACAUGAUUGUACUGUCCUUUUCAAUAAACACCCUGUACUUCUUAAAGCACA